AUGGGUCAAGCAUCUGAAUUAGAGACGCGUCCACGAGAUACGCCUCUGGAUACCGCAAUCAAUGCUUCAAUCUUUGUCGCUUUCAAUGGAUUUCCAACUGGCCCUCCUGCGCCCACCGAUCGUGAUACUAAGAUCAAGAAUUUCAAGCGGCAUAAUCGUCUUGUUCGUGCGAAUAUUGUCAAAGCGUUCGUGGUGGAGAAAGAGAAGCUGUUGGAGAGGUUCAAGGAUGAUAUCGCGAGGCAAAAAGAUGCUAUUGAAAGAGGGAGAGCUAAUAGAGUCGUAAUUUCGAUCAAGGAGGAUGCGAGGGAGAGGAAGAAUAGCAAAGAACUUGAAGAUCUCUCUUGGUUGAGAGGUCCGAAAUGGUUGUUGGAGUUGCAAGCACAGGAUAGGGAUCGGGGAGUCAAUGGUGUUUCCCAAGAGGAAGUGCAGUACAGGGAUAAGAGAUUGAGGAAGGAAAUGGAGGGGCAUAAGAGUGAAGAGUAUGAGUGGAAUCUUAAGGAUUUCCGUGGUCCUGCGCCGGGGGUUGAGACAGAGGAAGAGAUAGAUGGUAGCAGGGAUAGCGAGGGAGAUAUUGUGAUGGGAGGAUUGGAUUCAUCGAAUGUGUCGCCCACGGAACUCAGUACUCCGUCUAGCACGACGGCAAUCUUUGAGCUCGAACAAAAGCUUGAUAGAGACCUACAGCGAUUGCUGGAAGAGGGAAUCAAGAAGAUAAGGGAGUAUGAUGUUCAUGCGGAUAAUUCCGUAAAACAAUUUAAAGAUAAAUUGGCGCAGGACAUUAUCAAUGGCCUUGGAUUGGACACAACGGAGGGUGAACAAUUGAAGAGCACAGGGUCGAAGAUCAAUCUACCAACUCCGUCCGUGCCUCAUGUGGGUAUACUGAAAAAGAGGUCUAUUUCAAUGCAAGCCCCCACGGAUUCACCAGCUAGUGUUCCGAAGAAAUCGGUAUCGAUCCAGACUCCAUUGGAGGGCGGAGCUGAUUGUGGUAGUACUUCGAAGAAGUCAGUAUCAAUGGAACCUACCAAAGAGAAUGGUGGUAGUCCUUCAAAGAAACCUAUAUCAAUUCAAAUACCACGCAAACCUCAAAAUGGAGUUUCGGGAAGACCACUUGUACAAAGUCUAAUGGACAUUACUGGUAGCGCUUCAAAGAAAGUCCGUCUUGAUGAUCCCUUCUGGACCGACCUUUCGAGUUCAAGUUCAACUCCUCUGUCCAUGGAUACUCCAACCAGUGCACGGAGCCAGGGUCCUUUCCCAUUGAAUACCCGUACGGGUCCAGCAAAGUCCAGGCGUCCCUCAAAUUCUUCCAGUGGGCCUCCUACUCCCAAUGCACCAAAUGUUCGGACGGGUCCGGCAGAUCUUAAACAUUCCAGGUGUCCAUCAAGCUCCUCGAGUCGACCGCAGAGUCCCAAUAUCCCGACCUCCCUCGCCGGCUCUGCGAAUGCCAAUGCAUCUACACCCCAUCUUUCUCAUUCUAGAACUGCGCCAAAGGAUUUUUCUUCUCCUCGUCGGCCAACUAAUGCCAAUCUGCGAGGCGGUUCAGCUUCGCCGCCCACAAUUUCCACACCAUCGAUAGAUUCUAAAAGCACUGACUCUUACGCCGGCAAGAAAUUCAUAUCAUCAUUCACCUCGCUUCCCAAGCCUGGUAAUCGAUCUAAUCUGAACAUUCUUAUUGGGGAUGAGAUUGAAGUUACUGAACAUGAAUCAAGGGACGAAUAUAUUGCAUUUAACAAGACUUCGAGAAAGACGGGUCUUAUCGAUAUCAAACAUUUCAUGCAGGACAUCGAGCCCAUUGGACUGCUUGGUGUAACCUUCAUAUCUUCAAGCCGAUAUGCUCCAAAAUCUUACAACACCUUUUAUGAUUUAGAGAUUGAUUAUGGUGAUAAAGUCAAGAUCACGUCGCAGCACUCCCAUGAGGCAUAUGCAGGCUUCAAUAUGAGAACAAAACGGGCGGGAAUGUUAAAUACGAAAUAUUAUUUGAAGGAUAUUGAAGACACCGAGCUUAUCAACAAAAUCGCCAUGCGAUCUGGCCCCCGUUACACUGAUUCUCCUAUUUCACAUAUCGGUAAAACCUUCAUAGCAACAGAUACCCAGAGCCCCAAACAUGCUAGAGAUGUGACUACGCUAAAUAUUAGAAUUGGCGAUAAAAUUGAAAUUACCAAUUAUAACUCUGGAAACACUUUUGCAGGUUUCAACAAGACGUCAAAAGAAAAAGGGCAAUUCAACAUGGAAACUUUCUUGGGGGAUGUCAAGAAAUCUAGUCUUGAACUCAUUGGCGAGCCAUCCACAUCCAAGAACAAACCCCAAACCAGCAAGAAUGUACACGUUGGCAAGACUUUCAUUGCAUCACACGACUAUUAUCCACGUAGUGAUGCACCUGAUGAUCUGUCCAUAAGAUAUGGAGAUGCCAUCGAACUUGUCAGGCAUGACUUUGGUGACAUGUUUGAAGGGUAUAAUAACAGCACAGAUAGGAUGGGGUUAGUCAAUAUUUCAUACUUUAUGAGAGACAUCAAUUCCGUUGAUACAAUUAGAGAACCUGUCUCAGCAACUGGGUCUCGACUUUCUGAAAAUUACUCAUAUGAUAUUGGUAUUCCACAGACCGACGGUAAAGACGACUCCGAGUAUUAUCCCAAAAUUAGUCCCAAUGCACAUGUUGGCAAAACCUUCAUCGCAUCACACUCCUGGCUUCCCAAUAACGGGAUUGAUCUAGCAAUAGGUUUUGGCGAUGAGAUUGAAAUUAUCAACGACAUUUUUGAGGGAAACUAUGAGGGUUACAAUCUCAGAACUAAGAGGUAUGGCCAAUUUCAAGCCAAGUUCUUUCAGAAGGAUAUCGAUGCUAUGGACUAUGUUGGAAAGAUUUUCACAGCCACGAGCAGCCUACAUGAUCCGGAUUUUGAUGCCCUACAGAUUAACUUUGGUGAUGCCAUUGAGAUCACGAACAUCAUAGGUCGAGAUCUGUACACAGGAAAUAAUCUAAGCACCAGGCAAAUGGGAGGAAAGUUCUAUAUUGAUCAAUUCCGAGAAGAUGUCAAGCGUGGUCAUUAUACCGGUAUUGAUGACAACCGAGGAAACGACGAACAUCGCCAUUUCGCUGAUGAGAUCUCGGAUGGCCAUUCCGCUCAUGAACCUCAAGAUAAUGGUUCACCUCACCAUUAUAUCGACAAAGUCUUCACAGCAACAAGCAGUCAGAGUCCUCGCAAACCUUCAGACACCAUCACGCUAUCGAUAUCCAUAGGUGACCUGAUUGCAAUCAACAAGUUCGUCUCCGGUUCCACUUUUAGCUGCUCCAAUAUUACGAGUGGCAAAACCGGACAUGUAAAAUUGGAUAAUUACUGGAAGGAUAUCGAGACUACGGAGAGAUUCAGAGAUGGCAUGGUUACCGAAUCGUCUGCUAGUAGAAUAUCUACGCCUAGUCAUUUGGAGCAUGGUGUACACCAUCAGCAAUGGCUGCAAGAACAAGAACGAUCGGAAAGGACGAAAUUUAACAUCAAAGGGGCGUCGUGGAACCCAUCGAUUGUCAGGGGAUCUUUCUAA